AGCCCCGCCCACCGCGGUCCCCUUUUGGGUGCUGGAGCCUGCACGGUUAGUUUCUCCAAAAGUCCCACGCUCGUAGGCUCCAGUUCCACUGUGUAAAAAAAAAGAAAAGUGAAUGAAGAAAACCCUCCCAGAACCAUGAUGUUGUCUCUGGUCACGUCGGGCCAAACGGCGGCCCGGCGAAUUGUCACUGCGACCCGGGGGAGGCUUGUGAGGGAUGGCAGGUGUUUGCUUACCUAUUUGCCAGAGUUUGCCCUCAGGACCAAAAAUACGGGCCGGUCCUUUUCCCAAUCCUUCUUCAACCAUUACAGAUGCUUCAGUGCCACAGCUGCUAACCGGAGCGGUUCAUCACCUACAGCCAGUCAGAACACACCGUCCUACAGUUAUGUCAUCGUUGGGGCAGGGUCGGCGGGCUGCGUCCUCGCCAACCGUCUCAGUGAGGACCGCCAUGAGUCUGUGCUGCUGCUGGAGGCUGGGCCCAAGGACAUGUUGCUAGGCAACGUACAGCUGUCGUGGAAGAUCCACAUGCCAGCUGCGUUGAUCUACAACCUCUGUGAUGACAAGUAUAACUGGUACUACCACACUUUACCCCAGGCUCACAUGGGCGAGCGGGUGAUGUACUGGCCGAGGGGCCGCGUCUGGGGCGGGUCCUCUUCACUCAACGCCAUGGUGUACAUCCGCGGACACGCAGAAGACUACAACCGCUGGCAAAGGGAGGGGGCCGAAGGCUGGGAUUACGAACACUGUCUGCCUUACUUUAAGAAAGCUCAGUGUCAUGAGCUGGGUGAAAACAGGUACCGGGGAGGCAGCGGACCUCUUCAUGUGUCAAGAGGGAAGACCAACCAUCCCCUUCACCGAGCUUUUAUUGAGGCAGGGCAGCAGGCGGGAUACCCUUUCACGGAUGACAUGAACGGGCAGCAACAGGAAGGCUUGGGCUGGAUGGACAUGACCGUCUAUAAAGGAAAGAGGUGGAGCACAGCCAGCGCCUAUCUGAGACCCGCCCUGAGUCGACCCAACCUGAAGGCAGAGGUGCGCUGCCUGACCACCAAGAUCCUGUUUGAUGGCAACCGGGCUGUGGGUGUAGAAUACACACAAAAAGGACAGACGAAAAGGGUUUUUGCAGAUAAAGAGGUGAUUAUAAGCGGAGGAGCUAUUAACUCUCCUCAGCUUCUCAUGCUGUCUGGGGUGGGAAACGCUGAUGACCUGAAACCACUUGGUAUCUCUGUGGUUCAGCACCUACCAGGUGUUGGCAGUAACCUGCAGGAUCAUUUGGAGUUGUACAUUCAGCAUCAGUGCACUCAGCCCAUCACCCUGUACAAGGCCCAGAAUCCUUUCCACAUGGUCAAGAUUGGCCUGGAGUGGCUCACUCAGUUCACUGGUUACGGAGCGACGUCCCACCUGGAGAGCGGCGGGUUUAUCCGCAGUCGACCACACGUCCCACACCCUGACAUCCAGUUUCACUUCCUGCCCACGCAGGUCAUCGACCACGGUCGGGUUGCCUCCAAAAUCGAGGCGUAUCAGGUCCAUGUUGGGCCGAUGAGGAGCACCAGUACGGGCUGGAUAAAGCUGAAGAGCGCCAACCCUCUGGAUCACCCGAUUCUCCAGCCGAACUACCUCUCCACGGACAUUGAUGUGUGGGAGUUCAGGGAAAGUGUCAAACUCUCUAGAGAGAUUUUUACUCAGAAGGCCUUCGACCCCUUCCGGGGUCCAGAAGUCCUGCCUGGUCCUCACGUCCAGUCCGACGCCGAAAUCGACGCUUUUGUUCGAGAAAAAGCUGACACCGCUUACCAUCCGUCCUGCACCUGCAAGAUGGGGUCGCCAUCCGAUCCGAUGGCUGUCGUCGAUUCCGGCGCUCGCGUUCUCGGGCUGGAGAACCUGCGCGUGGUCGACGCCUCUAUCAUGCCCAGCAUCGUCAGCGGCAACCUGAACGCUCCGACCAUCAUGAUGGCAGAAAAGGCUGCUGACAUCAUCAGAAGUCGCCCGGCUCUCGUUGACCCGGGGGCUCCCGUGUACCGACCUCCGACACUCGACACGCAGCGCUGAACAGGGGGGGGAAAGAAGGGUAAAAACAUAAUGAUCAGCAUUGCAUUAUACCGUGUUAGGUACAUCUGUUUUGAUGAAUAAUGUUGUGUUGUCUUGUUAACACACCUGAUUUAGGGCUGGUCUAUGUUUUUUAUAUUGAAAACCAUAAUUGUUUGCUGAUUUUACCCGUUUACAUGUACAAUUUAGUUCUUCACUAUUGCACUUGAUGUCUUGACGAGGAUACAGUGGCACUUUGUUUUUUUAAUAAUGAUUUUAGCCUAAUUUCCUUUGUAAAUGGCAGAUAUCUUUUAUAAGCUUGAAGCCAAUGUGAUAACUCCCUAAAGGCUCUGACUGAAAGCUCCAGCUGAGUACUGCUGCUGCUGCUGCUGCAGGAGGACUGGACUUAUAUAAGAAUUCAGUCUAAAGGAAUUCUGAGUCUAUUCAUCACUAGAAAGAUGUUAUCAGCGGGAAACAGUUCUAAUCAGAUGACACUAAUGUAAAACGGGUUUUGUAGCAGACUUGGCAGGAUUGGACUUGUAUUAUUAACUAUUUCAGGUCUGGCAGCUGUUUAAUCGUAGUAGGAGUACCAGCAAAUGAUUAUUCAGCAUAUCUGGCAAGCGUGGUGCCAAAAUACUUUUAAUAUAAAUUUUAGACACAAAAAGAGCUGCCACAGUCACUUGUGUUCAUACUUUCUUUCUAAUUGUAUUGUGGAUGUUCACAAAUAAUAUUUUGACGUUAUUCAUGUAUAACGGACCGGAUCACCACCUGAGCCUGUAAAAUCCUUCUGUUUUUAUCUGUGUGUGAAUCACUGCAGCUUCUUAAUGAUUAGGUGUGUUUACGCAGUUCCAGCAGGACUCAUGCACAUCUAUGUUGAGUACGUUUAAGAAUCAGCCUCACUCAACAAUCAUUCAUUUCAAUUGAAGUAUAGGUCUGUAUAGGUGCUAGAAUGAAUACAAAUGACUAAACUUUGCACUACACUAUUAAGUAUCUUCAACAAUUAUUGUUCACAUGAAACAGCGUGUGUUGUAUUGCAUGAAUCUAAUGACUUGAUGAUGAUUGAGAAGUUCUUCCAGCCUCUAUGCCUUUAAUGUUUCUACCUUAAAUUGUAAACAAACACUAGAAACUGCCCUGACUUCGUCCUCAUGACUUUAUUCGGUGAUCCUUAUAAAACGUUUCAACAGGUUCUUUGUCAAGAAACAAAAUGUACAAAACAGGGAUUUUGUUUUCCUUUGGUACAAAAUCUACAUGAUACUAGUACUUGUGCUACAGAGUAGAUAGCUAUAUAUCUUUUUAAUUUCCAUACAACAAAUGGGUAGAAAGAGGAAGUUUUUACAAACACUAUACAGAUUGUAUACAUUGUUAUUAUUUGAUAGAAAUGUGUUAAGCAGUGGAACAGUAAAAGUCUUAUUUGGGUGCUUGCACUGUGACUAGGCAGCGGAUGAUAACUGUUACUUAAACUCCGCUGGCCUUUACUGACUCAAAAAUAAAUCUGGACUAUACGGUCAUGUUGGUCAA